GACAAUGGCGACCGCUAUAGCCACUGGGUGUGCGUUGAGGUCGACAAUUACUAUGGCUUCUUCAAUGAAGAGUCGUACAAGUAUCUGGGACACAAUGGAACAAUGCGGGACUGGGAGUAUUUCACGGUAAGAUGGCAUGAAAAUGGGGGUUACCCGUUGCUGACGCCAUACUGCCACCACUCGUUAUGGCAAGUUGACGUUGCUGAGGAUGGGAAGAGGCUUCGCAGAAGAGUUCACGGGAGCACUUUGUGGCAAUUUGUCAAA